AUGGCACCCCCUUCGCCGCGCCGAUCCUCGAGAGCCCGCGCGACGAAUUCGCAAUCCCAACAGUCCUCCGUGUCCUCUGGGACCUCUGGCCGCCACGAGCGGAGCACCAGAUCCCACCACAAGCCCCCGUCGGGCAAGUCGACGCCCAGCGCCUCGCUGUCGUCGGAACCGCUCGACGACCUCGACGACACCCUCCUCAGCCGGAGACGCAAGCGCGGACAGGAAGACGACCCCGACAAAACCCCCCGCAUUGAAAACACAAUCGUCAUGGCCAAUGGAACCGACGACCUCCAGGACGAGGAGGACGAGGCGGUCCGCUGCAUCUGCGGCUCCGAGGACUACCCGGGCCGCCCACCCGUCGAGGGCCCCGACGCCGACUUCUUCGCCGGUAUCGAGCUCACCGAAGAGGUUACUGGGUUCUUCGUACAGUGCGACAUUUGCAAGGUCUGGCAGCACGGCGCCUGCGUCGGCAUCUUCAGCGCCGAGGCGUCGCCCGACGAGUACUUUUGCGAGCAGUGCCGCAAGGACCUUCACAGGAUUCACACAGCCAGUAAUGGGCAAAAAUACUCCAAAUACCUCCCCCUCCAUCAAGCCUCACGAACGACCUCGCGCGCGACGUCGAUAGCAAAGGAUGGUGCCCGCUCCCCGAAACCGGGCGGCUCGAAGAGGGAGCGCCUCAGCUCCGCCUCGCAAGCCGCUGCAAAGAGGCGAUCCACGAUGAAUAGCCGCGACGCCGCAUACGAUGACGAGUUGCUCCGCCGAGUGAUUGAGGCGAGCAAGGAGGACGCGCCUCCCGACACAUCAGACACGGCCUCCAGGCCAGCGAAGCGAGGGCGAAGCGACAGCGAAGAAAACGGCACAAUCGCCAAGCGGCAGCGCACUGGCUCUCGCUCCGUGUCACCCCCGGUAGAACAGCCGGACACAAACGGUGGAGACGCCUCGGACGAGGACUCCAGCGCCCGCAACGGUGCCAAGAAAUCAAGGAAUAACAGAAGUCAGCGGGAAAAGUCUGAGAAGGAGGACAAGGAACAGCAGAGGCAGGAGGCAGCAAACAAGCGCAAGGGCCGGGCCGAACGGCGCCGGGCAGAAGACUCAGACUUGUCGGAAGAGAUGCCUCUAGCGGCAGCUAAAGUCGUCCAGAGCAAGAGCGUCGAGCCACCGAGCGUCGAGGAAACACCUACUCCCGCACAGCCGCCGGGCACGCCGCCCACGAGCAACCCAACAGGCACGGCGGGCACAACCCAUAAGAGGGCCGCGCGAAGCUCCCACAAGAGAGGCAAGGGGCGGAACCAAUACACCAAGGACCGGGAGGCAGACGACGAGUCGCCGGCUCGCUCCAUGUCGCGAGAUAUCCAGAAGAACGCGGACGAACCUAGCCACGGCAAGGCACCGGGCGAUGGCAAGCACGGGCACAGGGGCAAGCAAGCUGCCGCGCACAAGAUGAGCAUGCUGGACAUGAAGCGCCGGGUAGCCGCGAUUAUGGAGUUCAUCUCGCGGACGCAGGUGGACCUGGCGGGUGAGCACGGUGGCUCCACCACCACCACCAGCGGUGCCGACACGCCGCAAAAGGACGAGGCUGCCGGUGCCAACGGGGACGCGACGGCUGCCAAGGCGGGCGGCGAGGGCAGAAACGGCGCGACGCCAGACGCGUCCGACGCCAAGGGGUUCAAGGAGCUCAGCUGCAUGGAGAUGAUGGACGUCCUGACACGCGAUAUGGUCAAGUGGCAGAACCAGUACUCAUGA